ACUGGGAAGAACCUACUCGAAUGGAACCAAAUAAUCAUGUCCCUGCUAAUGUUUUGCCUGCUUCACCAGAAUUUUCUGAUGCGGGGAACAGCAGAUCUCUCCAACAAGCAUCUCAUCAAGGAUGGCCAUCCGUUGAUGUUUUGCCAAAUGUUGCAGUUCAAACAUUGGAUCCUGCCCCUGCAAGCUCUGGUGAUUUUUUUUGUGUGCUCACUCAAGCUAACUUGAGUGGAAAAGAUGCAGGCAUGCUUAGUGAUACAAGAAGAACUCCGGAGAAUCUACCAGCUGACCAGCAAAUAAUUGCUCCUAUGGGAGGAGUUAUGAGAAAUUCUGGAAAGCAACCUGCAGUGCAGAGUGGCAGAAAGAGGAAAACUCUAUCGAGUUCUCUGGCACCUGUUGGGAGAGAGAAAGCUACUGCCGUUGGUCUGGUUGAUGCAUUGACGGAACGUUUUGCUGCGCCUGCACACACUCAAGCUGAACGGGAAGUCAUCUCUUUCAAAGAGAUUAAUAACCUUCAAACAAAGAGUAAGCUCCUAUGUUGCCACUUCAACUCACAAGGAGAUUUGUUGGCUACUGCUGGAGAAGAUGGGAAGGUUCUGAUUUGGGACUUGGGAAAUGGCAAUGUUAAUUCUGGAGAAGGUCAUGCUCACUUCGUUACAGAUAUCCGUUUUAGACCAAACUCAACGGUGUUUGCAACAUCUUCCUUUGACAGAACUGUGAUGAUAUGGGAUGCAGCCAAGCCAAGCAACCCUUUCCAAAACCUUGUCGAGCAUGCUGGGCAUGUGAUGUCAAUAGAUUUUCAUCCAACAAAUGUGGGUCUUCUCAGUUCUUGUGAUAGCAAUGAUGAUAUUAGACUGUGGGAUGUCAAUACGGGCGAUUUCAAACUCAUUUUAAAGCUCUUGGUACAGAUGCAGGGGGGUGGUAAACAAGUUAGAUUUCAACCUCAACUUGGGGACACUUUGGCAGUUUCGACCAGAAAUAUUAUAAAUAUCUUCAAUGUCGAAACUAACAAUAUCCAAAAAAAGUUACAAGGACACGUCAAAGACGUCCAUUCAAUCUGCUGGGAUAUGAGUGGAAAUUUCAUGGCAUCCGUUUGCGAGGAUAGUGCACGGAUAUGGUCUGUUAGUGAAGGUAAGUGUAUACAUGAACUGCGCUCCAGUGGCAAUAAGUUCCAGUCGUGCACUUUCCACCCUCGGUACGGUCAAGUGUUGGUGAUUGGUUCGGAUAAGUUUCUGGAGUUGUGGAAUCCAAUCUCCCAGAGCAACAUAACUUUGCCAUGCAGCGAACAUGAUGGUAUAAUUUCUUCAUUAGCAGAUUCACCUCCGAAUGGAACCAUAGCUUCAGUGAGUCAUGACCAGUGGAUCAAGAUAUGGCAAUGACGCUUCUUUGUUGAUCAAGAUAAAACAAUCAUUUUUUCUUCUUCUUUCUCUUGUUCAAAUUACAUCAAUAUCUGAAUGAAACUACAACCGCAUACAACUUUUCGCUAACAACUAACGAAGUUGCAUUAGAGACCAAGGAAAUAUUCUUGGCGAAUCACAUGUAAUGAGUUAUCGAAAGGCUGUAUCAGUCACAAACUUUGACCAUUGUUUCAAACUCAUCUGUUCUAUUUUAUCAUUUUGUAGUUAAUAUUUACAAUGUUAAUUA